CGCGAGGCGUCACGGCUGCAGUUACCGGCGGCUGCUGAUGUUGAUGGCGGGAGAUUGCAGCAUGGCGGCCUCCACGGAGCCCUUUACAUCCCCGCGGGAGGGCUGCUGGCCCGAGGGCUCGGGCGCCGAGAGCGGCUUCGUGCGCGCCGUGAUGGCGCUGCCCACCAAGCCCGCCACCACCGUGCGGUUCUUCGAGCGCGGCGACUACUACACGGUGCACGGCGUGGAUGCGAUACUGGCGGCGGCGGAGGUCUUCAAGACGCGGGGGGUCAUCCGGAUGCUGGGUACAGGAACCCGGAAACUUGAAAGUGUUGCACUUAGCAAGAUGAAUUUUGAAUCUUUUUUGAGGGACUUGCUUCUGGUUCGUCAGUACAGAGCUGAGGUGUACAAGAACAAAGCUGGAAAUAAAUCCACCAAAGAGAGUGAGUGGAACUUGGCAUACAAGGGUUCUCCAGGGAACCUCGCCCAGUUUGAGGAUAUUCUCUUCGGCAACCACGAUAUGUCAUCUUCCGUUGGUGUUGUGGGCAUUAAGCUGCUCUCAGGGGAUGGGCAGAAAGUUGUCGGUGUUGGGUUUGUGGAUACUUUGUUGAGGAAACUGGAGGUGUGUGAGUUUCCAGAUAACGAUCAGUUUUCAAACCUCGAAGCGCUACUCGUUCAGAUGGGACCCAAGGAAUGUUUGUUCCCUAUUGGAGAGGCUGCUGGAGAUAUGGAGAAACUGAGACAGGUGGUUCAAAGAGGAGGGAUUCUGAUCACAGACAGGAAAAAGAACGAGUUUUUGGCAAAAGAUAUCGUUCAAGAUCUCAACCGUUUGCUGAGAUCAAGAAAGAAAGAACGUGUGUCUAGUGCAGCAUUACCUGAAAUGGACAAACAGGCUGCUAUCUCUUCCUUGUCUGCUGUGAUUAAGUAUUUAGAGCUCUUAAAUGACGAGUCUAAUUUUGGGCAAUUUGAACUCUCCACCUUCGAUCUCAAUCAGUACAUGACUCUGGAUCACGCUGCUGUCAGAGCCCUUAACCUUUUCCAGGGUUCUUCAGAAAAUGCCCAAAGUACACAGUCUCUGGUUGGACUGUUAAAUAAGUGCAAAACACCUCAAGGGCAAAGGCUGGUGAAUCAAUGGAUCAAACAGCCUCUGAUGGACAAGAACAAGAUAGAGGAAAGGCUAAACUUGGUGGAGUCCUUUGUGGAGGAUGCAGAACUCAGGCAGUCCCUUCAAGAAGAUCUCCUCCGUCGCUUCCCGGACUUCAAUCGGAUAGCCAAGAAAUUUCAGAAGAAAGCCACUCUGCAGGACUGCUACAAAAUAUACCAGGCGGUGAAUCAGAUACCUAAUGUGAUACAGGCACUGGAAAAAACUGACGGAAACCAUGAUAUGUUAGUGGAAGUGGUGUUCACCAAGCCUCUUAAUGAGCUGCUCUCCGAUUUCUCCAAUUUCCAAAAGAUGAUCGAAGAAACUUUGGACAUGAAUACGGUGGAAAGCCACGAAUACCUCGUGAAACCUUCCAUUGAUUCGAACCUCGCUGAGUUGAGAGAGAAUAUGGAUAAACUGGAGGAAAAAAUGCAGGGCGUGCUAAAGACUGCAGCCAGGGAACUAAGCUUGGAAGCUGGCAAGAGCAUCAAAUUAGAAUGCAAUGCACAAUUUGGGCAUUUUUUCCGAAUUACUUACAAGGAGGAGAAGGUUCUGCGGAACAAUCUGAAAUAUAAGAUCUUGGAAACCCAGAAGAACGGAGUGAAGUUCUCCAACAACCCACUGAAAGAGAUCAAUGAAGAAUACAUAAAGAGCAGGAAAGAGUAUGAACAGAUGCAGGAUGUUGUUGUUAAAGAAAUAAUCAAUGUUGCAUCAGGGUACAAGGAGCCCAUCCAGGUCCUGAACGACGUCAUAGCCCAGCUGGAUGCCAUCGUCAGCUUUGCCCAAGUGUCGAAUGGGGCGCCGGUGCCUUACAUCCGCCCAACAAUCCUGGAAAAGGGGGACGGGAGGAUCGUCCUGAAAGGUGCGCGGCACCCCUGCAUUGAAGUUCAAGAUGACGUCGCCUUCAUCCCGAACGACGUGACCUUUGAGAAGGGCAAGCAGAUGUUCCACAUCAUUACCGGUCCAAACAUGGGAGGGAAAUCGACCUACAUCCGCCAGACGGGGGUGAUCGUUCUCAUGGCCCAGAUCGGAUGUUUUGUGCCGUGCGACUCCGCAGAAGUGACGAUUGUUGAUUGCAUCCUGGCUCGGGUGGGAGCAGGAGACAGUCAGCUGAAAGGGGUGUCUACCUUCAUGGCGGAAAUGUUGGAGACGUCUUCCAUCCUUCGGACUGCAACAGAAAACUCGCUAGUCAUCAUCGAUGAGCUGGGAAGAGGAACAUCUACGUAUGAUGGGUUUGGAUUGGCAUGGGCAAUCUCAGAAUAUAUCGCCAGCAAAAUUGGAGCCUUUUGUAUGUUUGCUACUCAUUUUCACGAACUGACGGCACUCGCUGACCAAAUUUCCACUGUGAAUAACUUGCACGUCACAGCACUAACCACUGAGGAGACCCUGACGAUGUUGUACCGUGUGAAAAAAGGGGCUUGCGAUCAGAGCUUUGGCAUUCACGUAGCAGAGCUGGCUGCCUUUCCCAAGCACGUGAUAGAGAGCGCCAAGGCGAAGGCUCUGGAAUUAGAGGAGUUUCAGAACAUUGGGCUGCCCCAGGAGGAAGACGAAGAGCCAGCGGCCAAGAGAUGCUACAGAGAGAAGCAGGAAGGUGAAAAAAUAAUCCAGGAUUUCCUUUCUAAAGUGAAAGCGAUGCCGCUGGGAGACAUGUCUGAAGAGGAGAUCAGAGCCAAGCUGCAGCAGCUAAAAAGCGAAGUUUUGACAAAGAACAACAGCUUUGUAAACGAAAUCAUUUCCCGAACCAAAGUUGUCCCGUGACACGGGAGAACGAAAGAAGUCGCUUGAACUCAGCCUUAUUGGGGCGGAGGUAUAUAUUGCUCUCGAACCAACCCGAAACUUUGCCAAAAGCAGUGCUGCCGCCUGUCGCCCACCUGUACCGUAAGGCAAAGCCCAUGAUACGACAUCGUCUCAUUGCAGGUUUCUCUGCCAUGUUAGGGGCAGCCAACAAAGUGCAGGUGGGGGGAGGGGUUGGGGAAAUUUGCAACAUUGACAUCCCACCAUGGAUUUUGCCUUCCUCAAUGUUACGGGGAGAGAGAGUUGUUGUCACAGGAGCACUAGCUUUGGUGCUAGCCAUAUCCUGGCUGUAGUUCUGACCUCAACGGAAAUAAUAACUUUUUUCUUGUCUUGUUUUGUAAUGUUUUGCUCCGAUCACUCUCUUGCAUCAGUUUUACUUUUGAAAUGUAGGAAUUUGUUGUGCCAGCUAUAAUGUUUUCUCCUAUGUGGCUGAAUUUUGAAUAAACUACACUUACUCCA